UCCACCGUUAGCGUUAAGGUAGGUUGCACCACUGCACAGUCUCCCCACCAACUACAAUUUGACAGUUUCUCAGGUGAGGCGUCACGCCACAGGAGCUUUUUCACUUUCUCUUGAGUUUCAGCGCACAUCUCACUGUGAGCCUGGGGUUGCUUAACUCAAAAAACAGUUACCAGAAGCCCUCACACCACGGCACCAUGAGCAAAAAGAAAAAGGAGUGGAGAGCGGAGAAAGAGCGCUUACUCAGUCUUGGUCUUGAGGAUAGGCACAAAGAUUAUCGAGGAAACUAUGUGCCAUUGGACAAGAUCCCCACCUGGGCAAAUCAUGACAAUAAUACAGCUACUGAGGAAGAAGAACAAAAGUCUUUCUACUUGGCUGACAAAGUGUCUCUGUACAAAGGUGACAUCACCACCCUGGAGGUGGAUGCCAUAGUGAAUGCUGCAAACUCUUCUCUGCUCGGCGGUGGAGGAGUGGAUGGCUGCAUACACAGAGCCGCGGGUCAUCUUCUGUAUGAAGAGUGCCACUCGUUAAAUGGCUGUGAAACUGGAAAAGCCAAGAUCACCUGCGGCUACGACCUCCCCGCUAAAUAUGUGAUCCAUACUGUCGGCCCAAUCGCCAGAGGAAAUGUGGGCCAGUCCCAAAGAGAUGACCUCGAAUCAUGCUACAAAUACUCCCUCAAGCUGAUGAAGGACAAUAACUUGAGAUCUGUGGCCUUUCCAUGCAUAUCGACAGGAAUUUAUGGUAAGGAAAAUGUCUAUUCAUCCUCUAAACCUUUUCAGUGUAGGCUAUGUACUAUCGACCGUGUCAUAUUCUGCGUCUUUCUGGAGACAGAUUAUGAGAUUUACAAGAGGAAGAUGUCAGAUUUCUUCUCCCCAGAUAAUGACGACCAUAAGAAUGAAAAAGAUGCCGGUGUUGAAGAAGGUAACACGGAGCCCGUGGAAGGAGGGGAAGAUGAUGAUGUUGCUGAUAAAAAAGAUGAAAAGCAGGAUGAAGAAAUGAUGAGCCAGCAAGAGGAAUCUACUGAGGAUGUGACAAUGCAAAGCCAGGACCCAGAAGGCGAGAGCCCUGACGCCGAAUCCAAGGACGAGGAGGCCAAACCUCCUGAAAAAGGAGAACCUACAGUGGAGGAGAGUCCAACAGCAAAGAAGAAAGUUGAACAGGAGAGCGAAAAAGAGACCUGGAAGCAAGAAGGCAAGGGAGAAGACCCACAAGUUGCAGGGGAAGAGAAAGGGGGUAGCCCAGAAAAGAAGAUGCAGACAGGCCAGCCUGAUGAAGCGGGAAAACAGAUGGAAGAGUCAACAAAGAGUGCAGACACCGGGGCGGACACCAGUCAGGGGCCCGAGGUUCCCAUGGAGGUUCUGGAUGCUGAUCAAAGUGUUACAACAGCCAAGGAGAGCGACACCAGCAACAGCACUAAAGAUGAUGUGAAAGCCCAGGAUAAGAGCUCACAAGAGCCCGACGCAACUCCACCAGACACCAGACCAAAUUCUGAAGACGGCCAAGGCGAUAAGAACGCACAGGAAUGAGACGACAAUCAGCCUCAUAGGAACGAGUGCCGGCAAACUGUGUGAAGGCAAAUAUCACACCAAUUUUGUCCCACGCUAGAGAGUCACCCGCAAAUACUGGGAAAAGAGUUGCCCCCCCCCCCACUUCAUUCACCAUUUUUCCUUCUAUUAAACCUGUAUUUCCUUUCCGCUUCCUCAUAUUGAUAAUAAAUCAGAUAUAUAGCUAUAUAAAAAGGAUCAAAUGAGAGUCUGAACAUAUCAGAGAGAGUGCAGGGAUUGUGGAGCUGGAGGAGGACUGCUAUACCUCACUGACAUGCUGCUUGAUCAAUAGCUUUUUGCUUUUUUUUUUUCAAUAUAGCAUCUUGGUGCUGGAUUUGAACUGGUUUAAAUUAGGUAGAAUGUUAAAACACAUCCUAAAAUCAUCCUGCCGCUUUUAGUUACACGCUAAUUUGUAAUACUUCUGACAAAGUGCAAAGCUAAGGCUAAAUUUUCCAUCUCGCAGAGCACUCGUAAUGCAAAAUUCAGACCAAAUAUGAUUGGAUUCCGCAGGCCUGUCCACCGAUUUAGAUUUCUUUCAGGUGAAAAACACUAAAAUGGCUAUAAAUGUCUGUUUGUGCGUGCGUGAGUGUGCGUAUAUACCGAUGAUGUCACUUUAAAGAGGUUUUCGCUUUGUGUGUGAGCUAUAGAACCAAGUCAGGUCAAACGAGGAGAACAUCGCUUGAUUCUAAUCUCCUCUAUGGAGUGGUGGCAUUCCUCCCUUCUGCACGCUAUAUAACAGAGGCAUUUGUGCGCUCCUCUGCUUUGAAACGACACGUCACGCUCGCAGAGCCCCCCUUUAAUCUCUCAAGCGAGCGCUGAUCAUGUUUCAUCUUCAAAGCUGCUCUGACUACUGCGAAUGCCUGUA